CGACGGCCCGAGCCUGCGGCAAUGUGAGGGAGGAACUACCGGUCGUCGAGCGUUCGCCUCCGUUUAGAGAUCUGGGUGGUUUGGGAACGGAUGGGCGGAGGGCGGAGGCAUUUGCGGCGGCGAUGAAGUGCAAGAAGCACCCGUACGAGCUGGGCGAGGGAGUCUGCGCCUCGUGCCUUCGGGAGCGCCUCCUCGCCCUCGCCAGGGAGCAGAGCGGCGGCGCCCGACGGAGGGCUGGGUUCUCCUCCUGCUCCCCCCAGCCGGCACUCGUCGACUUUCCUCGCUCGGUCUCGCCUCAAAUUUCUCGCCGCCUCGACUUUCGGUUCUUCAGCACUCCCCAGGUGGGCCCCACCUUCGGCGGCGAAGGAGAAGGUGGUUGGAUAGGGAAACCCGGGAGGUUCUCUGUCCUCAGAACCCUGUUCGGGGAUCGCAGAUCCAAGAAGCCGGAGCGCGAUUGGGAGGCUCGCGAGGGCUCGGGCUCGUGGUUCUCGGAGCUAGUCCGCCGGAGGAAGAAACAGCCGCAGAUCUCGGCGGCGGAGAGGGAAGCGCCGGUCGGACACGGGAGGAGAGGGGGGCAGGUGGUAGAGCGGGGAAUGUCGCCGGCCGAGGAGGACAACAAGGCCGACGCGAGCGGGUACUCAUCCGAGUCUUCGAACGGGCGGUGGCGCCCGAAUUCGACGCCCAUGCGGAGGACCGUCACAAGCAGCCGCAACCAUCACCGCCGCCGCCGCCACGACCACCACCAAACUGAAUUGGGGAGCGUAUCGGGUUUCGCCGUCUUCUUAAGCCCGUUGAAGAGAGUCGGCACCACCGCACGGAGGACUUAGGUAGUAGGACUGGCGGGUUUCUCCGUCGAACCGCACUGCCCAGCGAAAUCCAUCCACCGACAUCGCGACGCCGUGCCGGACUCGGUUCGUGUCCAUCGAGAAACUUCGCCAGUUUAGGCGAUUCAUAUGACGAUUUUGCCCCCGCACUUUCACUUUUCUCGACCGACGAUCCCUGAAGGGCUUUUGAAUGUUUCUCACAUUUUGAGUGAGGAAAUUGAAAAUCUAGUUGUAAUAAUAAUAAAAAAAAAAACAGAGGUGAUUAUACUAGAUAAAUGACCAACUGAAUAUUGAAGAUCUAGUGGUGUAUAGAAUAAAGGAUUGAUUAAUAGAUGCAUAUUAUAGA